UUUAAUUAUUGAAUGCUUUUGUGAUACCGCCCUGAAUUUAUUGAUUAUUAUUAUAAUCACAAUCAAUCAAACGCCGGACAAAGAUUUUAGGCAAACAAUAUUUGUCUUGACAAACUCAUUCAUCCACUUUCUGAACCACAAGUCCACCUUGCGGCCCUCAAGCUCAUUCUAGAACAAUUUACCUAUACUGUAUAUAACUAGAACAAUACGAACAACACAAUGUAAGCCAUUUACUUGUGAAAGCAAACAGAAGCCAACUGAAAAAUGUCAGUACAAUACUGCCCUUGGUAUCCACACUCGAUAUUUGUCUGGAUCCGCCCAUCCCUAGCUACUCCCGACAAAAUAAACCCUCUCACAUAAACUGACAGCAAGACUGAAAGCUGGACUGAACCAAAAGUAUUCACGCUCAUCUUUCUGACAAUGCACACCGACGUUAUCGGUUUCAACGACAUUCCACUAAGGUGGCUAAAAAAAACAGUAUUGAGGCUAUUCUUGCCUAAUGUGAAUGCACACGGAAGUAGUCUGUAUUUACCGCCAACACUCUCCGCCGUUUGGACUUAUCUGUCAAUGUGGCGAAAGAAGGAAAACCACUCUGGUAAGAUUGUUGGUGCUUUGCCACAAAGGCCCAAAGCAUAUCAUGAAUCAUCACGGAGAUACGUUUAUUUAUUCAGCUUGCUGGUGAGCGAGUUGAUGACUUUUUCCAGUCCAAUCCAAUCCACGUUAUUUAUAUAGCACGUUUUAUAAACACUGUUUCCAAAGUGCUGCACAGACUAGCAAAACCAUAAAUAAUAAGUAAAUAAGUAAAAAUAACGACAGUAAAAACUAAAAGAUCAAAUAAAAACAAAGAAACGUACAACAGUAAAAUAUUUAAAACAAGAAGUAGAAACAAUAAAAGCAAAAAAUCCAAGAAGUAGGUAACAAAUUGAUUAAUUAAAUUCAAAAAAUAAAAUAAACAAAACCAUGAAAACUAAAAAAUAAUAAAAGACACAGAGGACCACACGACUCACGCCGAGUUAAUAGCCAGAGAAUAAAAGUCACUGUCACUGCUACUACAGCGUCGCCUUCAGGCUGGUAGAGGCAUAACUCCUCAGAGGAGCCAAGAUCAGGGGGUAUUAAGUCAUUUGGGGGCCCAAGGCAAACAUUGGGGCCCUCCACAUCCUUGUACUGCAUGACAAAAGUUUUAUUGUCGCCUCAACACAAGCAUAUUUAAGUGUGGGAAACAGAAAAUAGCCUCUUUUUUCCUGCUUUUGAAAUCUGUUCCAGUUAUCUAUAAGCUUAAGUUGCUAGUUAGAUAGCCAUGUUUAUAUACCGCCCCCGCCCCCAAAGAAAGAUUUUAAAUAUUAUCUACCUAGCAUAAAAAUGGCUCAAUGAUGAGUCCACGUUUGGUGUGACUGUGAAAAAGGUUGACACCUUCGGUAGUUUGGGUAAUGUUUUCCUCUUGCCUUCUCCUCUUCUUCGCUCCACUUCAUUUUUCUCCAAACCGCGCCAACAAGUUUGCUUUGCUACCCUCUUCCGGAAUCAAAGUGCGCAUGCGCAGUAACAUGGACUGGUCCGUUCCAUGAGAAGGGAGGGGGCAGCGGAUUUUGAUGUUGUUUUAAGCAUGUGAAUUAAGACUAAAACAGUAAACAGACUAAAAGGGGAAAAAAAUCAAUUAUCAGUUAUUAUGAGAUGCUUGGGGGCCCCUGGAAAUUUCAGGGCCCUUAGGAAUUGCCUGUGUUUGUCCACCCCUGGCUAAGUUGACUCUCAAUUAUACUGUAUACAGUAUAACUUAAACCCUCUUCCAUACCGUUAGGACAAAUAUGAAUUCAUGCUUCAUACUGUAUGACGUCUUUAGUAUAAACAUCGCUGUUGCUGUUAUGUCUUUUUUGCUAUGUGAGCGUACGUACCAUUGUGAAGUAUUUUACAAAUGAUCCAAAUAUUGAUACUGUCCAUAAAAAGGGCAUGAGCAGAUCAGAUGAAUAAUAAACAGUACCUAAUAGCAAUAGCUGCACAGCACGCAGAGUAACACUGAUCGAAUAAAAUGGAAGAAUAAAGUAAGAAUAAAAACAACCAUGAAAAUGCUUAUCCUAUCUAGUAUUUACAGUAUUUUGGCCUUUCCUUCCCAUGUUCAUUUUGUGUUUAUUUUUGUCCUGUUAUAUGUGAAUGUAAACUGCUACUGCGAAUGUGAGAUAACGUUUUUAUCUUAAGAAAAAAACAUUUUAAAAAAUGUCACAUGUUUUGAUUUUAUGCAAUUAUUCGGAUUAUAAUCAUGAACAAAUUCAAGGCAAGAAAAAAAUUCCAGCCAACAGCAACGGUAUCACCCACCUUACGGUGAGGAUGAUUACAAAUGAAAAGUACUUACGGUCAAGUAACACAAAUGUUCCACCCCCGAGUGAAUGGGCCGGCCCAUGAGUCAGCGUCACGUAAUAAAACAGCACGGCUGAACCAACAUACACAUUUUAGUUGCACUCUUUUUCCUGCUGGUUUUGUUCUUGUGACCUCUGACAGCCAUCAUCAUGAUGAUGUGUGGAGGACUCGACGAGCCCAAGGCUGCCGACCAAAAGAUUCAGAGCAUCUGCAACAAAGUGAAGCCUCAUGUUGAGCAGAAAGCUGGCAAGUCUUAUGAGGUCUUCACUGCCAAGACUUACAGGGAACAGCUGGUGGCUGGGAUUAACUACUUCAUCAAGGUGCACGUGGGGGGAGAGAAUCACAUCCACAUCCGCGUCUACCAAAAGCUGCCAAGCAACAAAGAAGACGAUCUGGAGCUGAACGGCAUCCAGGAGCAGAAGAGUCACUCGGAGCCCAUCGAGUACUUCUGAGAGAGAAAGCGUCAGAAUGACUCUUUUUACAAAGCGCACUGUGUCUGUGUAUGCUCACGGUGAAAGGGAACAUCAACAGUUUUGUACGAGAUGAAUGAAUAAAC